AUGACACCCCACGCGUUAAUUUCCUCCGAUUUCCACUCAAUCCUCAAACCUUUCCUCCACCUAGCCAAAAUGGCUGGUUUUCUGCCAGUGGCGUGGGUCCCAAAAGGGCAAAAGUACUCCCUGAAACGCUCGAUAAACUCCUGGAUUUGUAGCUACGUUCUUGGGGGAAUUUUAUUCGCUCUUUCUAUGGUUGGCCUCACUGAGGAUUUAAAUUCCGCCCCAAUUAGAAUGAAAAACCCCGUCGUUAAGUAUAUAAUCAUGAUUGACCUUGGCGAAAUCGUGGUCACAGUUUUGGCGGGAAUUUUAACUUCACCUUUGAAGCUUUCGUACUUUUGGAAAAUGUUGGCCGGUUUUGGGAGAAUCGAGCAGGUUCUCCCCUCUUACUACCCCCCAGAGGAGAAAAAUAGAUGUCUUUGGGGUGUUGUUAUUUUUCUGGUUUUAGCCUCAAGUGUGAUUUUCUUCGAUUUUGUGGUGUGGGGGCUGAGUGUGUCCGAUUUGGGCGUUUUUUUCAAACGGUUUCUGACGGUUUAUGUUUCGUAUUUUUUGAUUUUCGUACAACAAAUUCCGUUUUGUUUUUUCGUCAGACUUAUUCGGCUCAAAAUUGAGGAUUUGAAUGGGGCUUUCAGGGCCGGACUAGAGCGGGCGCAAAAUAUGGAAAAUCAAUGGAUUUCGGUGAUGAAAAAGGUUAAGCAACAGAAAGUUGUGUUGACUUAUGAACGGUUGAAUGACUUUAUGAGGUUGGUUGAGGAGAUUGAGGAGGUUAUUGAGGCCAUUAAUGGCUUUUAUGGAGUUCACACUUUGUUUAUUUUAUUUAGCUGUCUGUUACAUUUAGUGGUGACUCCGUAUUAUUUAUUAAUUGAGGUGAUUAACGAUGGUUAUCUUCCGUUUAUUUUACUUCAAAUUGCUUGGAUUAUUUUACAUCUGAUUCGUUUGAUGGUGAUUGUGGAAAUUUGUCAACGCUGUAUAGAUGAAUAUCAAGUCACAACAAAUUUGGUCUUGAAAUUGUUAACAAGUCCUAUACUUCCGGAUAUUAAAGAACAAGUCGAAAUUUUGGCUGUGCAAGUGUCGAAUAAAAAAAUCAAAUUCUCGUCGUUUGGCAUGUUGAAGAUUAGUCGAUCUCUGUUGACUUCUUUUGGAGGUGCACUUACGACGUUUUUAGUGAUUUUGUUUCAGUAUGGUGGUAUUCAUGGAAAUAUUUACUGA